UUCGCUCGCCGGUCAAGAGGAGGUAGUAAAACUUCUGCUCGAGCACAAUGCCUCCGUGAAUGUACAGUCGCAGAAUGGCUUUACGCCACUCUAUAUGGCAGCGCAGGAAAAUCACGAUUCGGUGGUGAAGUUGUUGUUAGCCAACGGCGCAAAUCAAAGUCUUGCCACUGAAGACGGCUUCACGCCACUGGCCGUGGCUAUGCAGCAAGGACAUGAUAAGGUCGUGGCUGUGCUCUUGGAAAGUGAUACACGCGGCAAGGUGCGAUUGCCUGCAUUGCAUAUUGCAGCCAAGAAGGACGAUGUAAAGGCCGCCACACUACUUUUGGAUAACGAUCACAAUCCCGAUGUAACUUCCAAAUCUGGCUUUACACCACUGCACAUUGCUUCCCACUAUGGCAAUCAAGCCAUUGCCACUCUACUAAUCCAAAAAGGUGCCGACGUUAACUUCGCCGCUAAGCACAACAUUAGUCCGUUGCAUGUGGCCGCCAAGUGGGGUAAAACCAACAUGGUCUCCUUGCUGUUGGAGAAGGGCGCUAAUAUUGAAGCCAAGACCCGUGACGGUCUAACGCCAUUGCAUUGUGCAGCACGUUCUGGUCACGAGCAGGUAGUCGACAUGCUACUCGAGCGCGGCGCACCGAUUAGCGCCAAAACAAAGAACGGACUCGCUCCGUUGCAUAUGGCCGCACAGGGUGAGCACGUAGAUGCCGCACGCAUUUUGCUCUAUCACCGUGCACCCGUUGACGAGGUUACGGUGGACUAUUUAACAGCGUUGCAUGUGGCUGCGCAUUGUGGACAUGUGCGUGUCGCCAAACUGCUGCUCGAUCGUAAUGCCGACGCCAAUGCACGUGCGCUUAACGGUUUCACGCCGUUGCAUAUUGCAUGCAAGAAGAAUCGCAUAAAGGUGGUGGAGUUGCUGCUACGUCAUGGCGCCAGUAUUAGUGCCACCACAGAGAGUGGUUUGACACCAUUGCAUGUGGCCGCUUUUAUGGGCUGUAUGAAUAUUGUCAUUUACUUGCUGCAACAUGACGCCAGCCCGGAUGUGCCGACCGUACGCGGUGAGACACCGCUACAUUUGGCUGCGCGUGCCAAUCAGACUGAUAUUAUACGCAUUUUGUUGCGCAAUGGCGCUCAGGUGGAUGCACGCGCACGCGAGCAACAAACUCCGUUGCAUAUUGCCUCUCGUCUCGGCAAUGUUGAUAUUGUAAUGCUGUUGCUGCAGCAUGGCGCUCAAGUGGAUGCCACCACCAAGGAUAUGUAUACGGCUUUGCAUAUUGCCGCCAAAGAGGGCCAGGAUGAGGUCGCUGCUGUUUUGAUCGAAAACGGCGCUGCAUUGGACGCUGCUACGAAGAAAGGCUUCACACCACUACAUUUGACCGCCAAAUAUGGUCACAUCAAGGUUGCUCAACUAUUGUUGCAAAAGGAAGCGGAUGUGGAUGCUCAAGGCAAGAAUGGCGUCACUCCGCUACAUGUCGCCUGUCAUUAUGAUAACCAAAAAGUCGCUUUAUUGUUGUUGGAGAAGGGUGCUAGUCCACAUGCUAUAGCCAAAAAUGGACAUACACCAUUGCAUAUUGCCGCUCGCAAAAAUCAAAUGGAUAUCGCUACUACUUUACUGGAAUAUGGAGCACAAGCUAAUGCUGAAAGCAAAGCCGGUUUCACACCAUUACAUUUGAGUUGCCAGGAGGGUCACGCUGAGAUAUCGAAUUUGCUCAUUGAACAUAAGGCCAGCGUAAAUCAUCCAGCCAAGAAUGGACUAACUCCGAUGCACUUGUGCGCACAAGAAGAUAAUGUAAAUGUAGCCGAAAUUCUGCAACGCAAUGGCGCCAAUAUUGAUAUGGCCACCAAAGCAGGCUACACACCGCUACAUGUAGCCGCCCAUUUCGGUCAAGCAAAUAUGGUGCGCUUUUUAUUGAAUCAUGGUGCUAACGUGGAUGCGGCUACGUCAAUCGGCUAUACACCGCUGCAUCAGACAGCUCAGCAAGGACAUUGUCACAUCGUUAAUCUACUAUUGGAACAUAAGGCCAAUGCCAAUGCACAGACCGUCAAUGGACAGACACCGCUGCAUAUUGCACGCAAAUUGGGUUAUAUAAGUGUUUUGGAUUCUUUGAAAUCGAUUACAAAUGAACCAGAUGCAGCAACACAAACUCAAACCGAUGAAAAGUAUCGCGUUGUUGCACCUGAGGCAAUGCAUGAAUCCUUUAUGUCGGAUUCCGAAGAAGAAGGUGAUAUAUUAAAACACAAUGAACAACCUUUUGGAGACAGGAAGCAGUAAAAUCCUCUAUUUGAGGCGAAAAGUAAAAAAGAAUUGAGGUGAUUAGCGAAGUGCAAACAAAAAUGAUUGAAUAUGCAAUUUUGAAAAGGGCGCAUGUCCGAAAAUAGAAACCAUUGGGGAAAAAAAAUAAUUUUUUUUUUCCUAGAGUUGUGAUUUUUUCAAAUCUGUUCGCACACACCAUGACAUUAACAGUAGAAUUAAUACAAAGAUGUAUCCUUUUCAAGCUUCAUAAAUACAGAGAAGUAUUUAGAUUACAUCGAUGGUAAUGGAUUCGAUGUUCCAUUGCCCGACUACGACGAGGUACGAAUAGUAAUUACGCAGCUGAGAAACAACAAAGCUGCUGGAGCUGACAGCCUGCCAGCCGAGCUAUUUAAGUACGGCGGCGAGGAGCUGACAAGUUGCAUGCAUCAACUCCAACGCAGAAUAUGGGCGGAUGAACGAAUGCCCGACGACUGGAAUUUAAGUGUGCUCUGCCCAAUCCACAAGAAAUACGUCCCAGCCAUUCGCGCCAACUACCGCGGGUUCAGACCUCUAAGCAUAGAUUACAUGGUCUUAUCGAGUGUAUUGUGCGAAAGACUGAGCCCAACGUCAACGAAUUGAUUGGAUCGUAUCGACCUGGUAAAUCCACCAUGAACCAGGUAUUAAUAAUAGGCAAAAUCUCGGAAAAGACUCGCGAGAACAGGAUCGACACACCCCAUUCAUUUGCAAAUUUCAAAGCCGCCUACGACAGCACUAAAAGGAGUUGCCUAUACGCCGUGAUGUCUGAAUUGGUAUCCGCCCGCGAAACUGAUACGGCUGUGUAAAAUGACGUUGAGUAAUACAAGGCGACUCCCCUUCGUGCGAUUUCUUUAAUCUGAUAUUGGAGAAGAUAAUAAAGCCGCAUAACUAAACCGGCAUGAAAACCCAACACGGAAUCACUCUUGCCAACAAGUGCUACGUUGGACUGCGUAUGCAAUUCAGGACUAAAUUGCUCACUAGGCGUACGAAACCCACACUCUAUGAGUCACUCAUCAUGCCCGUGAUGGUAUAUGGCGCAAAAGCAUGGACAAUGACAGCAUCCAAUUAUGCGGCUGUUGGAGUAAUCGAGAGAAAGAUUUUGCCGAAGAUUUACGGGCCCUUACGGGUUGGCGACGGCGAGUACUGCAGCCAAUGGAACGAUGAGCCUUAUGAGCUUAACAACGGCAUGGAUAUAGUGCAGUGAAUAAACAUUCAGCGGCUCCGCGAGGAAGAGGGAGGCCCCCACUGCGAUGGAAAGAACAAGUGGAGAAGGACUUGGCUUCACUUGAUAUUUCCAAUUGGCGUCAGUUGGAACAGAAGAGAAAGGACUGGCGGUUAGGCAGUCACAGCGCCAAAUAAGAAUAAGAUUUAUAUUACAUUUAUAUGAAAAAAAAAAAUGUAUUUUUCAAGUUAUGGGAGACGUGCGCUAAUCGAAAUUGUAGCUAGGACUUACCAAAACUUGCUAAAUUGUCGCGCCACAGCUUAUUCUUGGGUAACUGUAUGUAGGUAAAGUACCUAAGUAUGUAUUUAAUUUUACUAAAAGUAAGUUUUCCACUAUUUUCCACUCAAACUAUAUAUUAUUUCUUUAAUUAUAAAAUGUAGAACAUACGGUACGGGCUUAUCUUUAUCCGGCUACCUAGGAUGCGGGCUAUAUUUGUAUAUGUACCCGAGUAGAGGGUAAUACUUGUCCGCCGGUUACCUGUGUAGAGGGUUCCCGCGUAGAACGUAAUAUUUCUCCGGGUAACAGGUCAUUUUUAACCAGGUAUCCGGGUAGGGGUUUAUCCUGAUUCAGGUACCCAAGUAGAAGGCAAUUUUUAUCCGGGUGCUUGAGUAGCGGCUUAUAUUUGUCUGGGUACCCUGAUAGGGGGUUGUCUUUAUCCAGGUAGCCGGGUAGAAGGUAAUAUUUAACCGCGUAAUCAAAGGAGUACCCGAUUAUAUUUAUUACAAAACGUUGUCAAAGUUGUCAAAGGGGAAAAACACCCUAUCUUCCCUCAAUAGGGGGUGCUUCAUUUGUUCUCGCUGAUAGAGUCAAGUUCUUGGGUGAAAUACUGGACGGCUAUGAAGAAGAGAUGAGGUCUCUCUCCAAAAGUUUUGUACUAACUGAAAAUACGACUCUUGUUAGGAAGCUAGAGCGCGUGCAAAGGGCGGCCCUUGUUGGAAUCAGUGGAGCACUGCAGACCACUCAUACUCUAGCGCUAAAUGCUAUGCUCAAUGUCGCACCUGUCGGCAUUGCAGGCGAAGUAGCGGCGGUUCGCUCAGCCAUUACAGGCUAACCUAAUAUUCACGCACGCCGCCAAUUUACUGUCAAAAAUUUCUCAUGCACAUACAACUUGUAUGGGACCAACCGAAAUUGAACGACGUGCGUAUGAAACUAAAUCAGUUUCCAAUUUUUGUUCUGCGUGACAUUUUGAUUUGACAUUUCGCUCAAUGAAAUCAAAUGCAAAUGCUCGCAAGCAAAUUUCGAAUGACGCAAGAAAAAAAAUUCUACGGCGUGGGUACCAAAACGCAACACGCGAAUAUUAGGUUAACCUGUUAGGCUCAAAAGCGCGGGGUUCUCUUUCAACCCAACGCACGUGCACUCGACAAUUCUCGAAAACUUCAACUUCCUGCCUGAAAAAAUGGAUUGCAAGAUUCUGAGGCUGGCCCAAAAAGGAUCCAUCUCCUCACAUAUUCCUCCAAAGGACCAAUGAGAGAAUCGUAGUCUCUGAAGAAGAGGUCCAAUAAACAUCUUCACAUCUUAUUGAGAAGGUGUUUACUGUCGCGAACUCUCAGUAUGUUCAGACCAUACUCGUUAAAUAACACUGGUCUACAAAUUUCAACUUUUUUUCUGCGAAUAAGACGGGACCUGGUGUUU